GCGCGCGGUCACAUGAUGCGAUGUCAUGUGACUUUCAGUCUCCGACAUGAUGAUAGACGGUUCUGUUUUUGCGGGGGGUAAACUUUGUUGUUGCUGCACGGCACUCUGGUUGCUCACAUUCACAGUUCUGUCGCUGUCGCAAGCUUUGCGUAACGGUGAGGAACUUAGCUUUGCCUCCUACUAUGGGGAUCACAUGGUACUCCAGCAGGCCCCGGAGCAGGCGGUGCUGUGGGGCUACGGGACUGGCGACUCAGUGCUCAUCCUCACCCUCACCGGAGAGCUGAAGAGCCAGAACAAAGCAGCCUAUGUGAAAAACGGAAUCUGGAGGGUUACUCUAGACCCAGUGGAGGCAGGGGGGCCCUAUAACGUGACUGUGGCCCAGGAAGGUAAUUUCAGCGCGCAGGUCACUCUUACAGAUGUCCUCUUUGGUGAUGUGUGGCUGUGCGGGGGCCAGAGCAACAUGGCCUUUACUGUUUCCCAGUUAAUUAAUGCAACAGAAGAGCUGGCCAUGGCUGCGAGAUUCCCUCACGUAAGAAUUUUCAUGGCUGCCUUGGUGCAAAGCAACACGGAGCUGUCAGACCUGUCCGGAGCUGAGGUGCUCUGGUCUGUCCCCACUCCAGAUCUUCUUGGGGGGAGGCCGUUCACACACUUCUCAGCGGUGUGCUGGCUCUUUGGCCGAUACCUGCAGCAGAACCUGAGCUACCCGGUGGGGCUGGUCGAGUCCUGCUGGGGAGGAACGCCGGUGGAGGCCUGGUCCUCGAGGAGGGCACUUCAGAAGUGUGGUCUGGCAGCAGGAGAAGACAGGUUCCCUGUGCCACACACUAAAAUGCCUUCCUUUGGGGGGAGCUGGGAGAACUCGGUGCUGUGGAACGCUAUGAUCCAUCCUCUACUCAACAUGACCAUAAAAGGAGCUAUCUGGUACCAAGGAGAGGAAAACACUAACUACAACCUGCAUCUUUACAACUGCACCUUCCCCGCCAUGAUUGAUGACUGGAGGAUGUCCUUCCACGAGGGAUCAGGGGGUCAGACUGCCAUGGACUUCCCCUUUGGAUUCGUACAGAUCUCCACCUACCAGAAGAACUCUGAGAGCGAAGCAUAUCCUGACCUGCGCUGGCACCAGACAGCUGACUAUGGCUUUGCCCCAAACCCCCGCAUGAAGAAGACCUUCAUGGCAGUCGCCAUGGAUUUGCCUGAUGAGAAUUCACCAUCAGGAAGCAUCCACCCUCGUUACAAGCACGACGUGGCCCUCAGGCUGACACUAGGGGCUCGAGCCAUGGCCUAUGGAGAAAAGAACGUCUCCUUCCAGGGACCCUUCCCUGCCAAGAUCUGGUUGGACCAGGAUCUGAUCAACAUCACCUACAAUCAGCCAGUGUCAGUUUCCCUGUCACAGGAUAUAUUUGAAAUUUGCUACGCUAAGAAGCAGGAGUUCUGCGGUUCACCUUUUGCCUGGGCCUACGCUCCCAUCGUGUACCGGGAGGAAAAAAGCAUCCUCCUAAGCGUCAACUGGACAGACAUGGUGGCAGCCGUGCGCUACGCAUGGAGAGACUGGCCCUGCGGCCUGAAGACCUGUCCAGUCUACAGCGCUGACCACGUUCUGCCUGCGCCACCCUUCAUUGUCUACCGCUGGCCAUAGAAGUGACAGCAGUACAAACCUACACAGGGCAAGAAGCUGCACUCAACAGCCCAAAAGAACCUGCAAGGAAGGUUUGACAGGCCUGCAGCUCUCAAACUGUGCAUAAGGGAUACAGCCAAACCUUAGUUUACAGCACCUUUUGCGCAUAUUGCACAGAAUGAUUUGUUUCCAUUCUAUUACUCAGGACAUUGUGAGCAGUGGUGGUUCCUCUGAAAGCCUCCAGUCUUUCAUACACUGCAUAACAAGUACACACCUCUGUACUCCUCUCUUGUGAAAAUGUAAUUUGAUUUUGUUCUUUACACAUAGGAAAUGUGCAUAAAUUAUUUUUAAUGAAAAAUAUGAAGCGGUGGAAGUGAAUUUGGUAUAAAUUCAAAGUGUGUGAUUUUUAUACUCAAUCACUAUGCAAAUGCAAAAAUAAACUGAUCAUGUGAUGCCA